AUGUCAACUGACUGUGUCAUGGCUGCUUGUGCAAUGUUCCAUCUUAGCCCUGAGAAGAGCAGUGUAUUGAGGCAUGAGGAUCACGCUUUCCAAAAGCACCUGCUGGAGGAUUGUGGCGAGAAAGAUAGCAAAUGGUGCAACAGCACCGCGAUGACAGUUGGGAAUUCGUCCUGGCGCUUAACCAUUGCCACCUCCUAUGUGCCACAUUUCUGCACCGCUUUGCCCUACUCCAGCACGCAGCUCUACUACUACUUCGUCCGUAUUUACGAACAAUUCGACAGUUAUGUGGAGCAUCGCUUCGGCCCAAUGAAGAGACGCUGGGGUCGACCAUGUCCAACACCGCGGACAGAUGCUCCACUGUUGUGGACGAUUGUGCGCAUGGGUGGGGGUAGCCGCAACUCUUAUGUCAACCCUCGUCUCGUGGAUGACCACUAA